AUGGAAAGCCUUCAAGAGAUGUUUGGACAUCAAAGCCGACAAGCUAGGCAAGCCUCUAUUAGGGCAAUCAUGAACACACGCAUGAAAUCGGGCGCAUCUGUAAGGGACCAUAUGUUAACCAUGAUUGGUCACUUCAAUGCUGCGGAAGUUUUAGGAGCUGACAUUGAUUCUGAGACGCAGAUUGAAAUGGUCCUUGAGACUCUUCCUGAGAUAGCUCCAAAAUGCUUAUCUGUUCUAAAGGCUAGAAGUGGAAGUGCUUUGAUUGUUACAGUCGGACCCUCUCAUCCUAAGUCUUCUGGUGGCAAAGGAGGAAAGAAGAGGAAGAGGCCAAAUAAAAAGCCAAAUAGCAAGUCAAAGGGGAAGAAAACUACUGUCGAUGGGAAACCAAAGGGAAAGGGCUCUAGGAAACCAAGCAUUUCAGUGAAGGAGAGUACACUCUUGGGGUUGGCAUAG